GGCAGGGACCAGACUGCAUCUCCCAACUGUGCUCACAUCAGCAUCACUAAGGCACAUCCCUGCGGCAGAACCAUCCACCUCUGGGUAGAGCAAAGGAGGGAGAAACGAAUAAGGAAAUUCAUUAGGAUAGGCGAGAGAAGCCAGGCUGAACACCAAUGGAGAAAGGAACAUGAUGUGAAGGAAAGGGCACAGAUGAUGCAUACACACUGCUGCCUGUUGUGUGGUAUAGCUUCAUAGAGGAGAGGGCUAGAGAGACUGAGUCAAGGAGGGAGGGAGCUGGAUGCAGUGGUGAUAUGAGGAGGGGUGUCAGCAGAGACGUAUGUGCACAGAAUAAGGCAGUGAGAUAAGAGGGUACCAGAUACAUAGGGAGGGGAGUGCGAAUGGACCAUUGCUGGCUGCUUGUUCGCUGCAUAGCAAGGCCAGAGCAGGGCGAGCUUGUAAGGAAGGGGACAGCACAAGGAGGCAGAGAUCUUAGAGCCAGGGCAGAGAUCUAGUAAGGUGUAAGAAAGAGGGCAGGUGGGCUGCUAUCAAGGUGACAAGAUAUUGAUGGGUGACUUACUGAGCAGGGAAUUGGAGAAGGAUAAAAUAAAAGGUAGUUAGAGGGGAAAGAAAAAGAGAAAAGACUUAGGGGGUAGGCAUAAUGGGCGAGAGGGAGAGGGCGAUAACAUUGGGGGUUAAAAAAUGGUAGGAAGGAAAUGUACGUGACAUAGAGAAAUAAGAGAUAGAGGGAAAAGGGAUUGGAGGGUAGGAAGGGACUGAGAGGGAGGGAGAGAUGGUGAAGCCUGCAGACAGACAGAGGUGAUGUAAAUACCUGGAGGGGGAGCGAGGGAGCGAAGAAAAAGAGGGAAGGAAAAGAGAGGACAAGCUCCUGCUGCAGAAUGAUGGGGAACUCACCGCACAAACAGAGGAGCAAGAAACAUCACAGAAUGCAGCCGGCAACAGCUGCCUCAACUUUAGACCACUCCAAGCUGAGUAACUGGCAACAGCAGCCUGUAAAUGUAUUCCUGUCCUCUAAACGUCCUCCCUGCGUAGAGGAGCUUCAUCAAGAAGCUGAACUCAACCUACAGAGUCUACUCCAAGGGGACUGUUUUGCAGAGGAAUUUGAAGAUCGGUACUUAGAUACUAAAGUAACUGGUCAGACUUUUCGAUACUCUGCUCUAUCGCAGUCUACGACUCUCCCACCAGAAACGCCUACAAGGAGUACACCCAGGCGUCUUGAAUUUGUCUAUCUGCCAACUAACAGAAGAGUGAGUGAAGAUGAAACAACUACAGUAGGAGUAAGACCUCGGGAGACUUGUCUGAGUCUACCUACCACUCCAGAUAAGCAGGUGGCCUGGAUUAAAGCAUUCCCAUUUCCUAUCCCAGAAGAGAGACGGUGGCAUCAGUCAAAUUCCAUACAGACUAAUAUUGUACCUAUAAAUGUAUCUGGAGAACUAUUUGACAAGCAUGCCAGCUCCCACCACUCCUUGUUCAACACAGAGACUGCUGUGAACCCAAAGACCACUCUGAGACGCAGGAGGACUAUAAUUGGCUUCUCUCAUCAUCAGACUCAAGAUCAAGAAGAACGAAAGACAACUGCAGUGUCUGAGUCAACUCCUAAAAAGACCCCAGCAGGAAACGUCAAUGGAGUGACAGGUUGUGAACCACCUCCAGUUCCACCAGAUUCUCCACCUGCAAAAUCCGAGUCAUCCCAUGGGAGACACCCAGGAGGAAGAGCAGCAACACCUCAUCCUCAGCAGCUGCCAUUAAGAAAGACUUUCAGUGAUCUUGGUCAUAUAUUACAAUCGCCAAGCAGUAUGGAUAGUACAAGUAUGAUAUAUUCUAACCCCCAAUGUAAUGGGUCCAAGGACACUACAAACUGGCAGGGAAAUUCCUUUAACUAUAUGACUCCAUCUAGCCCAGUAAAAAGUCAACAGGCCUAUUCCACUGAGCAAACAAAAAGUUCCACCACAAUCACAGCAUCUCCUGGAGUUAGUAAAAGUGGCUCUUUUAAAAUCAGGAAAGACAACAUAAGGACCAAUUUAGGGAACUCUAGUUCAAAUGCGACUCUGCCAUCACCAUCUGUUGAACAAACAAAGACAGAAAAAUCUAAAUCUGUUUUCUAUCCUAGCUAUUCUGGAGCAAACAAUAUGACAAAUUCUUCAACUCUACCAACAUCGUCCAGUGAGUGCACAUUCAGAGAAAGAUCACUGUCAAUGCCCACGGACUCUGGUUCCAUGUCUUCAGUAGACAUUACUUACGCAGAAAACAGGAGAGGAAGUGGAGACUAUGCUCUUAACUAUCCCAGUGGAAGCUCUGAGGAAAGCACAAGUACAGAAAAUGUUUCAUCCAUGGCUGACCAAGAAAACCCAGAGCGUAGAAGAUCCAGAAGUAUCUCACUGAGAAAGCCAAAGAAAAAGCCUUCUCCUCCUGCACGUAGUGUUUCCUUGAUAAAAGAUACAUCUGGUCAAAAACUACAGCCAGUAAAUACCAUGCCAAAGGACCAAAGACCUAAAAGCCUCUGUAUUGCAUAUGAUAGUCAAGGAAAUAGUUAUGUUCAGACAUCAAUGCAAGGUACUGCCACUAUGCCAACAUCGAGAAGCAUGCAUUUUAAUCAGAACUGGAAUUACAGUGAUUGUAGGUCCAACGAUUUGCGUAGGACAUUAUCUGGCUCCAGCACAGCAACAGGUACCACAGUCAUAGAGUGCAAAAAGGUACAGGGGAGCUCAGAGUCACUUACAUCUCUAUCCAAUUCCAGGGCCACAACUCCAUCCCAGGUUUCCACAGAGACAGAUUCCAAGAUGUCAUCACCUGGGAAGCCUCCAGGUUUGAUGUCCCCAUCUAGUGGGUACUCAAGCCAGUCAGAGACUCCAACUGCAGUACCAACAUCUUUAAUUUUAGGUCAUUCUCCUUAUCAGACCAAUAGGGUAAGGCCCAUGGUUCCUGAAAGAAAAUCAUCUCUUCCUGCUGUUUCUCCAAUAGAAAGAAGUCCUAAUAUUCGACAGUCUUUUGAUUUACCUCUUACCCCACCAACACAUCUGGAUUUGACUGGGGCAAGAAAGUCUUCAAAGAAUAAGCUGAGGACUAGCAGAAACCAUUCAGAGUCGACUUUUAGCUCUAAAAAUCAGAAUCAGAAAACCAGUCCAGUGCAACCCAUAAUGCCCAUGGUAACACAGUCAGACCUACGGUCAAUUCGUCUUAGAUCAGUCAGCAAAUCAGAAGCUGACGACAGUUUGGACAUUGUAGAUAACAUUGAUGAACUGACUGAUGAGGCUUUCCCCUUGCCAGAAAAAAAGACAAAGCCACCGGUUGCAGAAAAACCUCCAAUGUCAAGAAGACCUAACAGUCUUUCCUACAGAUCUACUGCUGUGACACCAGAAUCACCUGUAAUGUCACCAUCUUCCCCAGGAAAAUACCUUAGAGAUCAAGUCUCUCCUCAUGAUGCAUACAUGGUGAUUGGAACAAUACGCCCCAGAAAGAAUUAUGAUAAUGAUACUCGUGUGGAAACACCUCCAUCUUUAGACCCAUCCCCACCUCCAGAAAAUUACUUCCAAACUACAUCAUCAGAAAUAAGAAGCUUCCUUCACAGCAGUGCUGAAGAAGAUGAACUCAACAAGGGGAAGCUAUUUCCAGAAAGAAUAACCCUCCAGAGCUUAACAUAUGUAGAUAAAAAGAAAGUAAAAGUCCCUCCACCUAUUCCUAAAAAGCCUAGUGGGAUACACUUGCCAGUUGCCAGUCCACCACCACCAAGUCAAACUGCAUCAUCUUCUGAACAAAGAUUAUCCCCCACUGUCACUAUGGGUUUUGGAGCCAGCUCAUUUCCUGAUAUUAUUGAGUUCCAGAAAUAUUGUACUGAAGGAUUCAUUCAUGCUGCACAGCCAGAUCUUGUAUCAGUGGACACAUUCCCAGGAAACCACAUAGAAAUGCAGGAGGAAAACAAAUGUGUAUCAAGUAAAACAGCAGAAUCCAUAAUAGAAGAUGAUGACGAGGUGUUUGUGAGUUCCCGGACCACUGAGGAUUUGUUCACAGUCAUUCACAGGUCAAAAAGGAAGUUAUUGGGUUGGAAAGACUCUGGAGACUCAUUUGGGAGCCGACAAAGUUCAGUGUCACCAGUCAAGAAUUCCUCAAGCUCAAACUAUGACUCUUCAUAUGGAACCUUAAGCAUAAGCCGGACUUCCAGCAAAAAUGAAGACUUUAAGGCUCUUCUCCAAAGGAAGGGCAGCAAGAGCAGCAUAGGAAGCCGCCCGUCAGCUGCAGAGCUUUUAAAAACCACCAAUCCUUUGGCAAGGAGGGUAAUGAAUGAGUUUGCUCCAGAAAUAGAAAAGAGCGGCAACACCAAAACGUUGCCCUGAUAACCUUCACAAAGGCUUGUAGAACAAACACUGUAAUCUUAAAUACAGACAUAUAUGCCAAAUCCUCCUCCUAGCCACACAGGGAUUUACUUACCAUCGGUAGACAUCUGGCCUUGCACAGUGCAUGAACUAAAGAGUGCAUUAGGCCAUUUUCCUAAAGGGAUAUCUGAUUUACAGAUUUACAGGAAAUAAAUCUGUACCUCCAAAUUUUGGUGAAUUGAUCUAGAAUACUCUAAGCGGACAGUAGUUUCUAAGCCAUGUCGUGAGACUUUACUUGUUAUAAAAAUGUGACAUCGACCACAUGUCCUUCCUAGAAUGUACAGGAAUACGUGCAUGGAAUCCAGAUAUUGUUUUGCAAUUACUAUAAGCUUUGCAUUUUGUAGUAUAUAUUUCAUUUUAUAUAUAGUUCUCCCAUCCAAGAUAGGAGAUCAGAAACCAACAUAACUUGGCAACCCUCUAUUCUCUACUAUAAAUAGUAGAACAUAACACACUGAAAUAGUAUAUAACAUUGAUACAAAACACCAAUGGAUUCAUAUAUUUCUACUAACAAUAGAUCCAACUUACAGUGUAAAAUGCAAAUCUUUUCAACACCUCCAACCUAAAUAAAAAACACAAAAACAUAUCUUUUGGAAACCUAUUUGAGCUGUUUUGCAAAGGCCAAACAUAUUGUCAUGGGAUUUUUUGCAUACGUAUCUAUGAAUGUAACCAUUACUGCUUUUAUUUAUACUGGAUUAACUUUUCAUUGGUAGCGGUCCUUUAAAUGGUGGCAUAUGUCACAUCUUGUGGUUCAAUCUCUAUCCUAGAUUUAGUGGCCUUUUAACCUAAUACAGUCAUGUAAAGGAAACAUGUGUGGGCUUUAUUCUGCAAUCUUUCUCAGAUGCAAAUUUAACUAUUUAGUGUAAGAGUUUAUAAAAUUACUGUAUACUGGUGGUGUUUAUGUACAUGUAGAUACUGCCAGCUAUUCAGCUAAUAUUGUGAUGUAUUGCAAGUCACUGUAUCUUCUAACAUUUGACCUGCACAGGAGACAUGAUAUAAGGUCAUAUGAAAAGCUUUUACAGAAUUAUUUACUGAGAUAGCAAUGUGAAUAUUUUACCAUCUGUGAAUUGACAAUCAUAAGUCUGAGAUAAAGUCCUUGUGACAUCAUGACAGCGUAAAAAAGUCCAUGGAGCAUGUAUAUAAGAUGCACAGCUAGUUAAAAUGUAUGUAGAUGGACUAUAAAGAAUUACAUUAUAAGAGAAUACAAUGGCACUGUUUGUCAUUCUCCUUGAGAAGUGGCCCUUGAUACAUGCAUGUAGGUAAAUAUUGAUUAACUAUAGUUCAUUUAUAGUUACUUUUUAUAUCGGUCCUUUAUUGGUCUACUAUGUAGGUAGUGAGGACUUUUAGACACUUUUAGAAAUUUCCCAUUGACCACAGUGAUUCCCAUAAAAGCAAAGGGGUUGUCCAGUUAUAGAACUUUUCUUCUAGAAGAGGUCAUCUCGGUUUAAAAAAAAAAAAGAGAGAGAGAGGAAGCGAAAGAUAGAGGAUACUUAUCAGCACAACCCUCCUCUACUGCCUUUUUUGACCCUGCUUGGGUCCCCAAUGAAGAGUGCUUGGUAGUCCUGUCCCGACACAAGAAAAUGCCCACUUAGCUAAUCAGUCUCUGAGGCCGAUCACCUUUGAGGCAUGUGAUGGCAUCUUCAGUAAUUUAAGAUGGGCUCAGAAAGUACUGAUCUGUAGGGACCUGGGCACCAUUGGAAUAGGUGAGGAUUAAAGGGGUUAUCACCAAUUGACAGGAUAGGCAAUAUGUAUAUGAUUGGUGGAGGUCUGACCACUUGGACAAUCACUGAUCCAAAGAGCAGGGGUCCUCUGUUUCCUGAGUCUGUGAAAUAGUAGUCAAGAAUACACACUGCAUUUCAAUUUACUGGCUGUAAGUCUAUGGAAGAUAGCCAAGCGCUGCACUCAGGGACUUACGUUUUCGUAAUCGGUGGGAUGUCAACAGUCAGAGAGCCACCAAUCAGAUACUUAUUAGCUAUCCUGCAGAUUGGUUAUAAGGUGUAUCCUUGGAAUAACCCCAUUUAAACCUAACCCUCUUAGCUGGUAUCACUGCAGAAAUACAUGGCAAAUGAUACAUAGUUGAGUCUUCUCUUUGCUGCUGCUCCUUACCUAGACUGGGGGCAUUUUUGGGUCCCGUAAGUCCCGGCCUAACAGCUGUCAGUACAGAUCACCAGACCUAAAGUGAGACAUUUGCAUUUGGACGCAAAAAUGUAAAACCGGGCAAUGCUAACAUCUAAGACCCCUUGUUAACAAAAAGUCAUCCUCAGCUUCCACAGCUAUGGCUACACUAUUACUUUCUAAUAGAAUGAGCACUUUUACCAAAACCAACUCCUUCGAAUAGGAAAGACAACUAAGUUCCGAAAUCCAUGUUCAUGUGUCCUGCCAUGAAACUCCAUCUUGCAGAUGACAGUAUUAAAAAUUAUUACAAUUACAAAUUGUCUGCUGUAUAGAGCCACAUACCUGUAUAUGUAGUCAGGAAACUGUAUGUAUCAGAACAGAGAUACAACCUUUGUAAGAUGUUCUGUAAGCACAGCCCAGAUUUCGCAUAACUUUUGCAGUCCUUGAGAAAUGGAAUGGAGGUGACAAACAUACAGUGUGUAACCAUAAAAUACAGUCAUUUGUGCUUCUCCAAAUGUUUCAAGUAUUUCACCCUCUCUACCGGAUAGGCUGACAAUAGGCAACAUGCAACACUGCUCCAUGGAUCUGGUUUACCGAACUGUAUAAAGAAGCACUGUACAAAUAGCCGUGGAUUACAACUGUGCCAUCAUGCUAUACUAAUUGUUAAUCCGCAUCACUGUACAGUAAGGUAUCUUAUAAAUAUAUAUACAUUAUAAAUAUAUAUAUACAUGUAUAUCUGGAUGUUGUACUUUGUAAUUACUCUCCACACAGAUCUCAGUUACUAUUGGAAACAUUGGAGCCUGGUGCUAUGAUGAUGCUUUCAAUCUCUGUUUAUUCAUAAGCUUUUAAUUAUGAAGGAGGUCACUUCUUCUCAGCCUACUUAAAGGGGUACUCCACCCCU